UACUUCCAGUUGACGUGCUGACGUAUAAAUGUCGAGCCCAAUGGGCCUGAUACGUACGGCCACUUAAUUGGCCGCCGGAUACGACCACGUGACCUAUGUGGAAGCCACGAGAGGAGCACUGAACAAAACCCUGAGGGGGCUUCUCCGCGCGGGAACGGAUAAAACUCCGUCGUCGUUGCGCGACACGACACCCGCCCAUCCAAUCAAUGGCCGGGGUCUUCAUCGCCGACCCUUCGCUUCUCUCUCCGCUGCCGCCUCUCCCCUCGGCUCGCCGAUCCUUCUCCCUUCCGGAGAGGAAUCUGCGGCUCUACCGCAACCCCUGGCUCCUUCCCGCCUCCUCCCCCUGCGUCCCUCCUUGCUCCUGUGCUGCCGGAACCCUAGACCCAGAGCCCUCCGAAGAAAUCGAUAACACUAGCUUAAGCACUAGGAUCGAGGGUGGCAAAGACCGUCGGAGGGCUGUCAGGAUUGCGUGGGAGAAGCUGGUCCGCUGGUCCCGAUCCUGGCGGUCGAAAGCUAAGACCGACGUCCUUGAGAGGACCAAGAAGGUGGCUGUUCUUGGAGGGGGGUCAUUUGGGACAGCAAUGGCAGCACAUGUUGCGAGCAGGAAGGCCGGGAUGGAAGUCUCGAUGCUCCUUAGAGAUAGUGAUGUCUGUCGAGCUAUUAAUGAGACGCACUUCAAUUUCAAAUAUUUUCCUGAACACAGACUGCCAGAAAAUAUUAUGGCCACAACCAGUGCCAAGGAUGCUUUAUUAGGAGCUGAUUUUUGCCUACAUGCUGUUCCUGUGCAGUUUAGUUCAUCCUUUCUUCAAGGCAUUUCACAACAUGUUGACCCAAACUUGCCAUUUAUAUCUCUUAGUAAAGGGUUGGAACUGAAUACUCUUAGAACAAUGUCUCAAAUCAUUCCAUGUGCAUUAAGAAACCCUCGUCAACCAUUUGUUGUGUUAUCUGGGCCUUCUUUUGCAAUAGAGUUGAUGGGCAAGAUGCCAACAGCAAUGGUGGUUGCAUCAAAAGACAAAAAGUUGGCAAGGUCAGCUCAGCAAUUAUUAGCUUCCCCAAACCUGAGGAUUAGCUCCUCGAGGGAUGUUACAGGAGUGGAAAUUGCAGGUGCACUGAAAAAUGUGCUUGCCAUAGCAUCAGGGAUUGUGGAGGGAAUGAAUCUUGGAAAUAAUUGUAUGGCUGCUCUUGUGGCGCAGGGAUGUUCUGAGAUAAGAUGGCUGGCUACAAAGAUGGGAGCAAAGCCAACAACACUUACUGGACUAUCAGGAUCUGGUGACAUUAUGCUUACAUGUUUUGUUAAUCUUUCAAGAAAUCGAACUGUUGGAGUGCGGCUUGGAUCAGGAGAGAAGCUUGAUGACAUACUGGGUUCAAUGAAUCAGGUUGCUGAAGGUGUAUCCACAGCUGGGGCAGUCAUUGCAUUGGCUGAGAAGUACCAUGUAAAAAUGCCAGUUCUAACUGCAGUUGCUCGCAUUAUUGACAAUGAAUUGACUCCCAGAAAAGCUGUUCUUGAGUUGAUGAGCUUACCACAGGUCGAAGAAGUUUGAGAAGCUAUUGUACUCGAGGUUUAUAGAACAUGUGAGGCUGAAUAUGAUGUGAUUCUGCAUUCACGGUAUGAUUUAUCAGUGGUAAUUACCAUACUCCCUUGGAGCAGCGGCCAUACUUGACCUUGCCCGGAUUCCAUUUAAAUCUUUGAAGUACGGCUCGCACCAUGCUUCAUGAGGACCAUAAUAUUGUUGAGGUUCUGAGAUGUUCUACUGAACUUCGGGUACCAAAUUUUUUUUCCUAGGAGAGAUUUUACUUUCUAAAUUUUUGCACUUUAAUCUUGGGGAAUAUUCCAUCGAGAUAAAUAUGUACGUGAUACCAGUUAAUGUCAGGGAAAAUUAUCUUUUUCUACUAUAAUUGAUGUUUGAUCUGCAAUGUAAUAUUUUUUCUUGACUAAUUACACGCA